UUGUGGGGGAGCCGUGGCACCCGGAGUGUGAGGCAGACACGGGCGGCGUAGGCGCGGAGCGCCGGCCGCCGAAGCCCCGGGCCACGGGCGGGAUGUUUCAGGACGAGCUACGCGGCCUGGGGGCGGCGGGGGCUGGGGCCGCCCGGGAGGCGCUUCAGGCCCUUUGUCAGGAGCUGAACCUAGACGAGGGCAGCGCGGCCGAAGCCCUGGGCGACUUCAUGGCCAUCCGCAGCACCUACAGCCUGGAGGGAGAAGUUGUACAUUGGUUGGCAUGUGCAUUAUAUGUUGCAUGCCGUAAAAGCGUUAUUCCUACAGUUGGAAAGGGCAUCAUGGAAGGAAAUUGUGUAUCACUGACCAGAAUACUACGUUCAGCCAAACUGAGUUUAAUUCAGUUUUUUAGUAAAAUGAAGAAGUGGAUAGAUAUGUCAAACCUGCCACAGGAAUUUCGUGAGCGCAUAGAAAGGCUGGAGAGAAACUUUGAGGUGUCAACUGUGAUUUUCAAAAAAUUUGAACCAAUUUUUUUGGACAUAUUUAGAAAUCCGUAUGAGGAGCCACCAAAAUUGCCACGGAGUAGAAAACAGAGACGAGUGCCUUGCACUGUUAAAGAUCUCUUCAACUUCUGUUGGACGCUCUUUGUCUAUACCAAAGGUAACUUUCGUAUGAUUGGAGAUGAUUUAGUAAACUCUUAUCAUUUACUUCUGUGCUGCUUGGAUCUAACUUUCACAAAUGCCAUUAUGUGCCCAAAUAGAAGAGAUUUGCUGAAUCUGUCAUUCAAAGGUUUACCACCUGAUUUCCAUACUUCUGACUUUAGAGCCUCUGAAGAACCGCCAUGUAUCAUUGCUACACUCUGUGAGCUACAUGAUGGACUUCUAGUAGAAGCAAAAGGGAUAAAGGAGCAUUACUUUAAACCAUACAUUUCAAAACUAUUUGAUAGAAAGAUUUUAAAAGGAGAAUGCCUCUUGGAUAUUUCCAGUUUUGCAGAUAACAGCAAAGCAGUAAAUAAGGAAUAUGAAGAAUACGUUCUUACAGUUGGUGAUUUUGAUGAAAGGGUUUUCUUGGGAGCAGAUGCAGAAGAGGAAAUAGGAAGUCCUCAGAAGUUUACAGGUGACACCCCUGCAGGAAAAUUGAUUGCAAGAGUCCAAGUGGAAUAUAACCUUCAGCAGCAUUUUGCUAAGAAAAGAUCAUUUGCCCCUUCUACUCCACUGACUGGACGUCGGUAUCUACGAGAAAAGGAAGCUGCUACUACUCCUGUAGCUUCAGCAACCCAAAGUGUGAGCCGAUUACAGAACAUUGUGGCUGGACUGAAAAAUGCACCAAGUGAGCAACUUGUGAAUAUUUUUGAGUCUUGUGUACGCAAUCCUAUGGAAAACAUCAUGAACAUAGUGAAAAGCAUAGGAGAAGCUUUUUGUCAACACUAUACUCAGUCAACAGAUGAGCAGCCAGGAUCUCACAUAGAUUUUGCUGUAAACCGAUUAAAAUUGGCAGAGAUCUUAUACUAUAAAAUACUAGAGACCAUAAUGGUUCAGGAAACACGACGUCUUCAUGGAAUGGACAUGUCUGUUCUUUUGGAACAAGAUAUAUUUCAUCGUUCUUUGAUGGCUUGCUGUUUGGAAAUUGUGUUGUUUGCAUAUAGCUCACCUCGUAGUUUUCCCUGGAUCAUUGAAGUUCUUGAUCUAAGUCCAUUUUACUUUUACAAGGUCAUUGAAGUAUUGAUUCGAUCAGAGGAAGGACUAUCAAGAGACACAGUAAAGCACCUUAACAGCAUUGAAGAACAAAUUCUAGAGAGUUUAGCAUGGAGCAGUGAUUCUGCAUUGUGGGAUGCUCUCCAUGUUUCUGAAAACAAAGUUCCUACUUGUGAAGAAGUCAUAUUUCCUAAUAACUUGGAGACGGGAAAUGUUCAGGGUCAUCUCCCAAUGAUGCCAUUGUCUCCUAUAGUGCACCCUCGUGUAAAAGAAGUUCGGACCGACGGUGGAAAUCUUCGACGGGAUAUGCAGCCAUUAUCUCCAAUAUCUGUUCAUGAGCGCUACAGUUCUCCCACUGCAGGAAGUGCUAAGAGAAGACUUUUUGGAGAGGAUACUUACUCAAAAAUAUUUGUAGACAAAACUACAACAGAAGGAACCAAGUUGAAAAUUGCUUCGUCUUCAAGCAUUAUUGCUGAAAAUGUAUCUGUUUUACCUGGGCAGAGUCAUCUAACUGUGGCACCAGCUGUAGUAACAGGACAAAAAGUUACAAUUCCAUUGCAUGGUGUUGCCGCUGAUACAGGAGGGAUCACAGUAAUACCUAUGCCAGUGAAUGCAAAUGAGCAGUCUAGAGUGGAGAGCCCUGUACAAAUACAAAUUACUGCUCAGUCAUUAAGUGGUACUUCUCCAAAACAGUCUCAUGCAACAAAAGCGCUAGAAAUGCAUCAGGGUGGAGUAAGCCGACCAAAAAGAACUGGAUCCCUAGCACUCUUUUAUAGGAAGGUCUAUCAUUUGGCAAGUGUACGGUUACGUGAUUUGUGCUUAAAACUGGAUAUUUCCAAUGACUUGAGAAGGAAGAUAUGGACAUGUUUUGAGUUCACAUUAGUGCAUUGCUUUGAUCUAAUGAGAGACAGACAUUUGGAUCAGCUCCUCCUUUGUGCUUUUUACAUUAUGGCAAAGGUAACAAAAGAAGAAAGAACUUUUCAAGACAUAAUGAAAAGUUACAGGAAUCAGCCCCAAGCAAAUAGCCAUGUUUAUAGAAGUGUUCUAUUGAAAAGAAUUCCAAGAGAAGUUAGCAUGUACAAUCAAAAUGUAAAAGAUAUGGAAAUGACAGAUUAUGAUUUAGAUGGUACAAAAACACCAGACUGUUCCACAGGAUCGAUGAAAGAAGAGAGAGGUGAUCUUAUCAAAUUCUACAAUGAGGUUUAUGUGGGAAGAGUGAAAUCAUUUGCACUAAAAUAUGAUUUGUCAAAUGAAGAUCAUGUGAUGGAAGCUCUGCCUCUGUCUCCUUUCCCAAACAUUAAGCAGCAACCAGUGUCACCUCGCCGGAUCUCUCAACAACAUUCCGUUUAUGUGUCCCCACACAAGAAUGGAGCCUGCCUUACCCCAAGGACAGCUCUGCUCUACAGGUUCAAUGGCAGCCCUUCCAAGAGUUUGAAAGACAUCAACAAUAUGAUCAAACACGGUGAACAGAGAAGCAAGAAGCGAGCGCUAACCAUCGACGGCGAUGCCCAGUCACCCACUAAGCGCCUCUGCCAGGAGAAUGACGACGUGCUCCUGAAACGGCUACAAGAUGUUGUCAGUGAAAGAGCCAACCAUUGACAUUCAUGUGGUUUCAGGAAAAAAAAUCAGAUUCAGGUCAGUUCCCCAUUUUCUGAAAAAUAGGCAUUCCUCUGGAACUUUCCCCCUGCACAUACACUGAGUCUCGUGUGUCGAGUGGUGCGGAAACUGCAGGAUGAUUUUUUUUUUAUUUUUAUUUACCCAAAAUGUGGCCUAAGAGACAGAAACUGCUUGGCAGUGGGACCUUUAAUUUAUAAUUAUCUUCAUACCAACACUGAUUGGUGUUGGCACCCACCGUAUUGAAACUUUCUGAAGUCAUUAAAAGUGUAUCAGAUGCUCUUCAGGGGCAAAUUACUCAUGUGGAAUUUUAUUCCCAUGAUCAUCUUUAACUAGGUGAGCAACAAGGUAAAACCAUAAGGAUAGACUUUUGGAGGGGAAUGCCUUGUGUGCCUUUUUUCAUUUGGCAUAUAGAAUCUCUCACUGUUUUUACGUUAAUGAAGCAGGGAGAAAAUUGAUUGUAAAUAAUGCCCUAAGAAGUUUUGAGCCACUUUUCUAAAGUAUGUCUGUGUUCUGUUGUAAAUGUAAGUAACCUAUUUUUGAUAAAGUUAAGAAUAUCUUUAACCAAAGCUUUUAUAGCUUUCAAUUGUCAUUCUAAGACAGGAGCUGGCAACCCCCUCUAGCGCUUGUGCCAAAAGAUGACAGGCCACAGAAUUACGAGAUUUAGAGUUGGAUUUGAUUUCAGAGGUUAUCUGGUCCAACCUAUAUCUCAGUGGGAAUCUGCUACAUCUCCAUCUAGUAGUCAUCUAGCCUUCACCAGAAGACCUCCAAUGGGGGCGAACCUACUACCUCCCAGGGCAACCCAUUCCACUUGGGACGGCACUCUCCUAGUUAGGAAAUUGAGCUGACAUCUACCUGUGUACAGCCUCACCUGUUGUACCUAGUUCUGCUUUUUGGGCCAAAGUAGGACAGGUCCAAUUUCCCUACCACAUGACAGCCCUUUUCUUGAUGAUUCUGUUCCUCCCGUUUCCUCCUCCUCAUUCUAGUCAUCUUCUUUUGAACUUGCUCCAGUUUAUCAUCAGGCAUCCCAAAAUGUCAGAAAGAAAAUGAAGCUAGUCUGAUAUGACCUAUUCUCGAAGUUGUCAUCACUUAAUUCCCUUUCUAAAUGCUCACCAUGUAAUCCUCAAGUUCUGGAAUUUUGCUGGGAAUCGUAAUUUUUUACUAGCCAUCAUUAGGGAUAUAGUCUAUAUGCAAAGCCAUUAUUCAUACAUCUUAAGCUUUAUCCAGAAAUUGAAAUCUUGUUCUCAGAUAGUAGCUUAACUAGAUAAUUUGCUUCUUAAAUCUCAAUUUUUCUUUUGAAGCUUCUACAUUAACAGUAAAAAGUGAUGAAAAUAUGCAUAUCCUUUAAGUUUUUAGUUUCUUGCCAAAGACUUCACAAAUCCUCAGCAAAGCUUCCUAGGUUCCUUUUAAUGGUAUAAUCUACCCUUCUAUAAAUUAUCCGGUGUGGGUAGUGAUCUUCACAUUUGACACUUCUCAGAACAUUGUCACAUCCUUGAUAACAUUCCCCAGAAAGAAACCAGAGCUUUCUGUUGUCUUUGACAAAAGGCUGUGUUGGUACCCUUCGGCAGGGAGUGACCAGCAACCACUAUUUGUCUCAUUGCUGACCUGGGCUGCAUUACUUCUUUUCUGAAGGGGUCUUAGGAUCCCUCAGAAAUUGCUUUGUACUGAGGAUUUAGUUCCCACCAAGUGGGAAGUGCUUCCUACCUAUUACUUAACUCUGUAGAUCCUAGAAUCACAUUUGUCUACUCGCCUGCAUUUUGGUUAGGACUUCUGUGAUCUCAAGAUCCCUCAAGAUCUCUUGAAGAACUUCCCUUUCUUUGAAGGGAUACUUCAUUUUCCCUCAAGAACUACAGAUAAAUUCUUCUAGCCUGUCAUGGCAACCUGCUAUGGUGACCUGUUUGCCACACCUGCUCACUGCUUUGGUGGCUCAAAAAAUAAGGCUCUCCCAUGCUCACCUUUUUUCAGAAGUUACCUUGCAUACAUGCUUUUGAUGGACAAUUAGCAGAUUCCUGCUAAGUCCUAAUUCAAGUAGCUGUCAAGUUAUCUUAUGAGGGACUAAAGCUGAAAUACCAGCUCAUUUAUUCUAACACAUCAGUCUCUCACGUUUGCUGCUUCAACAGCAUGAUCAUCCUAAGACCUUGCCGCAGCUUGGUUACAGUUCUUUACUUAUCAGUGGUUUUCAGUAUUUAAACACAGUAUUGUAUUUGCCUCACAUUCACUUUCAGCUCUCUAAAAACUCAGCAGGGUAACAGCAAAAAGUGUGGCAAAUCUACAAUACAGCACUUUUGUACUUGAGUACACUGUAAUUCUAGCUUCGCUUUUCAUGUACAUUUAUGUUUAAGCAGCUUGGGAGAUAGCCACCUCUCACCUCUUCAGACUAGUAAAUGCCUAGAGAUGUUGAAGUGACUUGCCCAAGGUCACACAGCUUUGACCCCUAGGUGUCCUCCUACUACUCCCUAUCCUGUUACUUUGCUUCCAAGAAUAAGCCUUACUAUUAGUUUCAAGUUAUCUUUUACAUUAAAAUAGGGUUUUAGGUAACAUUUAUGAAAACAAUGUGUAGUAUCUACACCUUUCUAAGUGAAGAUACAGCCUAUCUUAAGUGUACAUAUCUCUAUGUAACUAUAACCAUUACGUCCUUUGUACUUUCACUGAUAGCAUGUAAAAGGCCUGUACUUGAACAGGAAGAAUGUUUUUUAUAGUUUAAAAAAUAUUUAGAUGAAUUUUUAAGUCAAGUUGUUUAUUCCUUUUGUGUUAUACAUGUUUAAUAAUAAACCAUUUAAAUGUUUUACAUUUA